AUGUCCUAUCGCUGCUACAUCGUCCCUCCUCACCUCCUCAAGGCCAUUGGUGAAUCCUCUCACAACCCCGACACCAUCCGCGAAGCUGCUCGAGCUGCCCUUCAGUCUCAUCACGCCUUUACCGCCAAACGCAAAAGCCACAUCGAGGCAGUGAUACAGAGCCGACGCAGCAGCCGUGCUGCACCGCCCACGCGUCCCUUUGUUCCUGCCCAUGUCCUUCGCCAUAUAUCCCAAUCUGAGCAUGUGGACGAGGAAGCUCGAGCGCGCGCUGCGAGAGACCUGGAACAUACCCUUCACCUCGAGUCACGGGCAAAGAGCCGUGAAGAAGAGACCCAGCUUGCGGCAGAAGUAGCAAAACUUGGCAAAGAUGCGCCGCAACGAUCAAUUUACGAUGCAGAGCAUACCUCAAGCGAGAGAUCAUUGCCUGGUAAGCUCGUUCGGGCUGAGGGCGACAAGGCGGCCAAAGACAAGACUGUCAAUGAGGCAUAUGACAAUGUCGGAACAGUCUUGGAGUUUUACAAGGACAAAUUCAAGUGGAACUCCAUUGACAACAAAAACAUGGAUGUUAUCAGCUCUGUCCAUUUUGGCCGACAGUACGAGAACGCUUUUUGGGACUCGGAAGAACGGCAAAUGGUGUUUGGAGACGGCGGAGAGUUUCUCAGCAACUUUACUGGCUGCAUCGACGUUAUUGGGCACGAGUUGACGCACGCAGUUACCGAGCACACAAGCGCCCUCGACUACCAGGGACAACCGGGUGCCUUGAAUGAGCAUAUUUCCGACGUGUUUGGCAUCAUGAUCAAGCAAAAGGUGCAGGACGAAAAGUCGCAAGAUGCCGACUGGCUCAUUGGCGAAGACUGCAUUCUUCCCGGUGUCAAAGGCGUUGCUCUUCGAAGCAUGAAAGCCCCUGGAACCGCAUACGAUGACCCUCGAUUUGGCAAAGAUCCCCAAGUCGACAACAUGAAAGACUAUGUCACAAUGUAUGAGGACAAUGGCGGUGUGCACAUCUACUCUGGCAUUCCCAACAAGGCCUUUUACCUGGCAGCCAAGGCGUUUGGCGGCUACUCUUGGGAAAAAGCCGGUCAGAUUUGGUGGAAGACGAUGCGGAGCGGCAAGGUGCCUGAGAGCUCCACGUUUCUCCAGUUCGCCGAUGCUACCGUCGAUGUUGCCAAGAAGGAGUUUGGCGAUGAUGUGGCCAAGACGGUUCGGAAGGCUUGGGACGAUGUUGGCGUGCGCAGGAGCAUCUAG